AUGCGCGUUUGCGAAUAUUCUCGUGUCGCCGGUGUCGCGCGCCGACGUGGAGUGUUAGAUAGAUUGUUAUUAUUCCUAAUCUUCUUCCCGAGAACGCCGCGGGCUGAGGAUAAUCACGCGGGCGAUAAAUAUACGUGGCGGACGGCGCUGACGGUUGCGUUUGUGUGUUUGUUACAUGGGUUGGCUGUUAUUAUCGUCAGUACGGCUUUAGCGGUCUCAAAGCCUGGGUUUCUGGAAACUUGGGGGAAUAUUCUGGGAAUCACGGCGACGGUUUUGGCGGCUAUACAAUACCUUCCGCAAAUCUGGAUGACCUGGCAUCUCGGCCACGUCGGCAGUCUUAGCAUUCCCAUGAUGCUCAUUCAAACCCCCGGUUCUUUCGUCUGGGCCGCUAGUCUGGCAGCUCGUCUGGGUGUUCAGGGAUGGAGUACCUGGGGCGUAUUCUUAGUGACAGGAUGUUUACAAGGUUGUCUAUUGGUUAUGGGGAUUUGGUUUGAGGUUCAGGCGAGGAUGGAGAAGGGGGAUGAUGAUGGAGAGGUGACGAAUGCUAGGUGCGUGGUUGGAUAUAUUGAUAAUCAGAGGGAUGGAGCCGAGACGGAUGAUGAGGGCGGUGCGGUGGUGGAGAAUCCAAGUGAGAGGAGUCCGCUUUUGAGGAAUGGGUCAAGGAAGACUUCGAGGUCGGGGAUGAGGGAUUGA